AUGGACCCUGAUUCGGACUAUGAGAUCGUCCCCGAGUCCCUACCUACGCUACUAAGUACCAAUCCUACCGAGCCACGGAUGCCUCUCCCGCCUGCCAAUAAGCAAUACAGUGACAGUGACAGUGACAGUGACAGUGAUGAGACUGGGACUAGGACUAGGGGAAAUAGACGUGGAAGGGGCCGGAAACGCGCUUGGGGACCUGGUUGA